AUGAAGAAUUGGCGCUGGAUUAACGACAUAGGUUUGGAUGGCUUUGAUGACCUGACUAUAACAGAACACUAUAACUUCAUAAGAACACUUGGGACAGGAUCCUAUGGUGAUGUGAAGCUGGCAAGUCAUCGCCUCACGCAAAAUGAAGUAGCAGUAAAGCUUCUCCCAAAAGGCAAGAUGGACACCACCCUCAUGUCAGAAAUCGAAAUAUUGAAAUCUGUAGACCACCCAAAUAUCAUUAAACUUUUACACUUAAUCGAGACUGCAAAACAUACUUACAUAAUUAUGGAAUAUGCCUCGGGAGGAGAGCUGCUGGACAAGAUCCUAGCAUUUGGCUACUUACCAGAGAAGGAGUCCUGUAGACUUUUUACACAAGUGGGGUGUGCAAUUCAUUAUUGUCAUCGGAAAGGAAUUGCCCACAGGGACAUAAAGCCUGAGAAUAUUUUAGUGGACAGCAAAGGAAACAUAAAACUUUGCGAUUUCGGGUUCAGCGCUAAGGUCACAAUGGGACAGAGGCUGAAGGAUCGUUGUGGGACCCUCCCCUAUUGUGCCCCAGAACUCUUUAAAGGUGAAGCCUAUGAUGCUUUCUCCAUUGACAUCUGGAGCUUGGGCGUUCUGUUGUACCUCAUGUCUACAGGGUACCUGCCUUUCUAUGGCCAUACGCGGGCAAGAACAAAGAGGAAGAUCAUGGUAGGAACAUACUCCAAGAAAUUCAACUUGUCACCAGAGCUUUGGGAGGUUAUUACUAAUUUGUUAACUGUGAACCCUGGGAAAAGACCAAGAAUAGGUGACCUCAUGAACUUCGCAUGGUUGAAGCAUGGUGGUGAAGGUUCUCCUAGUUCUUUUAGCAACAACAGUGCUGACAGCCACCCAGACCCCAAUGUCAUGGUCACGAUGGGCGCGCUGGGAUACAAGCCACGCGAGAUAAAGAAAUCUCUCCAGGAGAAAAAAUUUGAUGAGGUGAUGGCCACCUACCUCAUCCUUAGGCAACAGUCACCCUGUGGGGGCCACUUUAUAAAAAAAGUGAAGCCCAGGCAGUCUAACCUUCAAGAGACAACACUGAAGAGGGCAUCUAGUGUCCCUUCCCUAACAACAUUCGUCUUACCCACUCCUGAGAAUGUCAGAAACUGUAGGAGGAGGAUCAGUAUGCCACCCAUCCUCAACUUCUUGAACAUGAGUGAAACCCCUGUUCUCCCAAUCCGCCUUGUUAGUGUCCAAGAGGACUCUGUCAUGAGCGUCAUCUGGGCAGAUACCAACAUCUAUAACGCCUAUAUUGUAAGACAGAGCAGCACAUCUUCACAAUGUCUUGGAAUGUACUCUAGCCAGUCAUCCUUGGAUGAGUUCAAGGCUUGUUCUAGAACUUACGAGAACAAGUUGUCCUCACAGAGUAUUACAUCUCAUCAUGUCCCUGUGGAGGAAGGGCAGUGUAAAAUAAUUAACAUACCCCCUGAAAAAAUUAGCUCCUCUGUCCCACAAGCCUCACCUCAGGAAGACCGCAGUGGACAGCCCUAUGAAGUGACACUAGCAGGAACAGAGAACGGCAACACCUCAAAAGAAAAUUCAUUUUCCAUCUCCAAUGAGGAGGCCCAGGAUGAGGGUGUACAAAAAGAGCCAUCUUCUCCAGAGACACCCCAGGGAGAUCUCAGUUACCAGCACCAGACUGUACCAAGAGUACCCUUCAGAAAACGCAUCUGGAAGACCUUGAGGAGAGGCUUCCUGAGAGGGAUGGGGGGGUUAUUUUGUUGCGUGACAGGUGAAAAGCGGGAGCGCCUAGCCAACAGAAAAGUCCUGGCUAGGAGCUAA